CUCCAUUUUCAAGGGAUAGCUCCCAAUCCAUCCCUUUUCCAGUUUUCAGCAACCUUUCCUUUUGCCAAACUCCCAAGCUCUCCAAGCUUUCAGAGCCAAAGCAUUAGAGAAUGAGAAUGAAAAUGAGAAGCCAGAAACAAAACUAUCAUUUGAAGUUGUUUUCCAUUCCAUGCUUCUUUCUUUUGCUCAGCAUUCAUCACUCUUUCACUGUUGUUAGUGCUCUUAAUAUUGGUGUUCAAUCCAUCAAUGGUGGCAUGUCUGAGAACAAGCAGCAGUGUAGCAGAAAAUGUGAAUCAGAACAUUGCACAGUGCCACCAUUUCUAAGGUAUGGCAAGUAUUGUGGGAUCUUAUACAGUGGAUGCCCAGGAGAGAAGCCUUGUGAUGGCCUUGAUGCAUGCUGCCAGACUCAUGAUGCCUGUGUUCAAGCCAAGCACAAUGAUUAUUUGAGCCAAGAGUGCAAUGAGAACUUACUGGAUUGCAUUGAGAAGUACAAAAAAUCAGGGGCUGCAAGCUUCAAAGGAAACAAGUGCAUGGUUCAAGAGGUGGUGGAUGUAAUCACUAUUGUUAUUGAGGCAGCACUCUUGGCAGGAAGGGUUCUUCACAAGCCUUAGCAAUUCCAUCAACUUCUUCAUUCCCAAUCUCAUUCUCUACUUUGUUUGUUUUUCAAGUUUGUUUAAUGUGAAUUAGUUUGUCGAAAUAUAUUCAAUGUUUAUAUUUCGACAGUUUGUUUUCUUGUUUAAUUAGAACCUCUGAUGUAUGUCUUUGUUAGUGUUUCAGUGUUGAAAUAAAUCUAAGUAACUGUAAGAUUUCUUUCUUU